AUGCCUACAUCUGCUGGCCGCAAGAAAGACGACCAGAAACCUCUUAUCGGAAGUGAGUGGCGCCCUCUGGACGGUAAAGAGUUUGACGACAGGGACGGAGACUCUGGAUUCUGGACACCAGACACAGAAACCGACGAUAACCAAAACACAGAUACGAUGCCUUUUGGCUUUGGAAAGAAAAAGAAGAGCUCGUCUCUGGUCGAGAAAGAAUUAUCUCCUCCCCCACAACCUUCAAAAGAAGCAGAAAGUGCUGACGUCGUAGCAGAAAAGGUGGAAGAGACUGCUUAUUCCCCUGAAGAUGCGCAAGUUAACAAUGCCGAUCAGGUUACUGUGGCAGUAACAGAGACAGCCGUCGUCAUAGAAGAAGCCGUGGUCGAAAUGGUCACUUCAGACGCCAUGGACGGUGGGGCUGACCAUGUGGUCGAAACUGAAAUGAUCGGAAGGGAAGAGGAAGAAAUGAUCGAAAUAGACUUGAACACAGAAGAAGUGACCGCGCAAAUGGAAGAAAAAGACGUGUCUGACGAUGAGGAAGUUGCCAUGACAGAAGAACCGGAAAUGAUCGACCAAAUCACUACUGAAGACAAUGCGAUGGAGUUCGUCCUCUGGAACAAUGCCGAGGACUUAGCCGUCACACGAGAAGUGAUGUGUGUCGAUCUAAGCGAAUUGGACGAUGAUGAUGAGGUAGCCAUAUUAGAUCGAUUCGAAAUGUUAGGACAGCCUCCGGAGCCACUUCCUGUUGAGACCAUUGCAGAGAAAAAUGUCGCAGAGACUCCGGCGCCAGUAGUUGAAAAACAACCGAAAAAGCAACCCCGUGUUGAGUCAACCCCACUUAUUGGGAAGCAAACAAAAGUGAAAGACACACAGCCUGAUUCGAAUUCAAUCGUAAAAACCCGUAGCCGCUUUUUUUUCUUUUUUUUUUUCUUUCUUUCUUUCUUUCUUUUUCUUUCUUUCUUUAGGACGUACUCUCUCUCCCUCCUUCUCUCUCUGUUCUUAAUUCUUUCCUUGUUCUUUCUGUUUAUACUUUUUCUCUCUCACUGUUUUUCAUUCCAUUUUCUCUAUUUCUUUCAUUUUCUUUCUUACUCUUUCUUUGUGUUUUAUAAUUUCUAUCUCCCUGUUUUUCAUUCUUUUUUCUCUCUUUCAUACUCUUUCUUUCUUUCUUUCUUUCUUUCUUUCUUUCUUUCUUUCUUACUCUUUCUUUUUGUUUUAUACAUUUUAUCUCUAUCUGUCUUUUAUUCUCUCUCUCUUUUUCUUUCUGAAACUUUCUUUGUUACUCUGUCUUUCUGUUUUAUACAUUUUAUCCCUCUCUGUUUUUCAUUCACUCUUUCUUUCUUUUUUUUUACUCUUUCUUUCUGUUUUAUACUUUUUAUCUCUCUCUGUUUUCCAUUCCAUUUUUCCCUCUUUCUUUUUAUUUUCUCUUUCUGUUUUACAGUUUAUCCUUGUCUCUUCCCUUUUGCUAUUUUUAUAUUCCAUACUCACUUUUUAUUUAAUUCUCUCUAUCCAUCUUUCUGUAUUUCUCUUUUUUUUUCUCUCUCCACUUUCAUUUUUCAUUUUUAUUUAUUUACCGCUUUCUCUUGCCUCCUUCUUAACUACACACUCUGA